AUGGCGCACGCCGUCACCGUCGCGCAAUCCAGCGCCGGGCUGCAGGCGCGCCAAGCGCAACUGGGGGGGAGCAGCAGCGACAAGGCGGCUCCCUCGCCGUCGCGCGCCCUUCCAACGCGGAGAGCACGCUUGACAAAGAGUGCCUCGCUGGUUCGUCGCAGCGAGUCGCGCAGUAACUCGAAUGCGGCACGCGUCGUGCGCGCGUCGGCGGCGGCAGAAGCGGAUCCGGCGGCGGGCGUGGCGGAGUACAAGCCGCGGUCGUACGACGAGCUCGUCGCAGACGCUGCGCGCGCCGUGCAGUCGGCGUUGGCGGACGGCCUCACGCGCAUCGAAGUCGACUUCCCACCACUGCCGAGUGGAAAGGCGGGCUACGAGGGGUCAUCGGAGGAGUACAUAGAGGCCAACAUCCAGCUCGCCCUCGCUCUCAUCCGCCGCCUGCACGCCGCCACCGCCACCACCGCCAAGAUCGUGCUUCCCGAUGGGCCCGAGAAGCGCCGCUGCUCCCGCCGCUUCAAAGCUGCUCUGGACAUGACAAACGGGGUGUCGCUGGGGUGCUUGGAGGAUGACCCCGUGGCAGCACCGGGGCAGGCGGGCACCACCCAGCCGAGCAGCGCGGGAGGCGGAGGAGGAGGGGGAGGGGGCUUCUUCUCGGCGCUGAAGAACGCACUGGACCUCGACUUUGGCGGCCAGGAGACCGGCGAGUGGGCGGCGGCGGGGCCAUCGGACGUGUACGUCAUCACCAACGCCAGCUGCCAGGAGCUGCCCGCCGUGCAGACCUACCUCGAGAAACUUCCACCCGCCACGCCGGUGCUGCUCUUCAACCUGGAGCUCGACACGCUCAGGGCGGACCUGGGGCUGCUGGGCUUCCCCCCCAAGGACCUGCAUUACCGCUUCCUCUCCACCUUCCGCCCCGUCUUCUACCUGCGCCCGCGCGACUACUCCAAGAGUGUGGCCGUGUCGCCCUUCAUUCUCAACUACAGCGGAGCGCUCUUCAGAAUGUACCCAGCGCCAUGGCAGGUGAUGGUGAAGCAGGAGGGCACGGGGACGUACGUGUGUGUGGCGGAGGGGCCGCAACGCUUCCAACUUGGACAGGUGAAGGAGGAGCUGCAGCGCGCGCUGGGGCUGGGCGAGGAGGAGGGCUCCACCAUGCAGUUCCUGCGCCGCGGCUACAAGAGUGCAGGGCGAGUGGGGCAGAGCGAGUGGGUGCAAGUGGGGCUGGCAGGUGGGUGCAAGUGGGGCCGGCAGGUGGGUGCAAUUGGAGGUGACCCCAAGUGGUUCCCCUGCUCCCGCUACCAACACGUGGUGGGAGGAGCAGUCAGAGCAAGAAGAGUCAACAGAGUGGAGAAGUUGAAGGAUGACUACAUGGGGGAUAACGGGAAAGCGGCAGGCGCGGAGCUACACGGGCGAGCGCUCGUGAACGACCUUCACUGUGUUGCGCCGCGGGCAGCAGCAGUCGCAGCAGGCGCCGAGGCAGUUGCAGCAGCACAUGAUGAGCGCGAUGACGACCGACACGAGCCCCAGCAGCAGCAGCAGCGCGCCCCACCACGGCGUGCGGUACUUGUAGUCUGCACACGGCACGCCGCACAGGGAACUGCUUAG